CUACCCCUACACUUCUGGAGUGACUGCAUCCUCCAUGCAGUACACAUAUUAAACCGAUUACCUACCCCUAUCCUAUCAAACCAAACACCCUUUGAAAGACUCUACCAUAAACCACCAGACUACUCACAUCUUAGGGUAUUUGGAUCACUGUGCUAUGCAUCUACCCUAGAAGCUGGCAGAACCAAAUUCCAACCAAGGGCAAGGAAAUGCAUUUACCUUGGCCUUAUUCCUGGACUCAAAGGCUACAAAGUAUUUGACCUUAACACAAACAAAACCUUUGCCACUAGGGAUGUACUCUUCCAUGAAACCAUCUUCCCCUUUGCUCCCCCCAACACACACCACACUUCACCACCAUAACACACUUCUUCAUCCCCUCAAACUCCCACCUCAGCACAUAUGCCAUCAGACAUGCAUUCAGAUCAUAAUUCAUUUGUUCCUUUUGUUCCUAAUGUUGUUUCUUCCCCAUCAAGCUCUUCUGGGUUCAUUCCAUUUGACACCAUUGAUGGUCAAAAUGCUGAGGUUUCUGAGGAGGUUCUCGAUCAUGAAGAAGAGGGGGCACUGGAUACCACAAAUGAACUUGAGGAAGAACCUCAACACAACAACACCCUAAGGAAAUCGACCAGGAAAACAACUGCACCUGUCUGGCACAAGGACUACUACUUGGGGACAGGUGCUACUGCACAAAAGCACCAGUAUCCAAUCUCUUCCCACAUGGAUUUUUCCCAACUAAGCCAACAACACAAACACUUUUCUCUAGCAGUCACAAACCUUCAAGACCCUCUAUCCUAUCAUGAAGCUGUGAAAGAAGAAUGCUGGAGACAAGCUAUGAGGGAGGAGAAAACAGCAUUAGAAAUCAAUAACACAUGGGAUGUAGUAGAUGCCCCACCAGGAAAGAAGCUGGUAGGCAGCAAGUGGGUUUACAAGACCAAACUACUUGAUGAUGGAUCAAUUGAAAGGCGAAAAGCCAGAGUUGUGGCAAAGGGCUUCACACAAGUGUAUGGUGUUGACUUCCUUGACACUUUCUCCCCAGUGGUGAAAAUCAACACUGUCAAGACUCUUUUAGCUGUUGCAUCAGUCAAAAACUGGGAACUAAGUCAGAUGGAUGUAAGCAAUGCUUACCUAAAUGGGGAGUUGGAAGAGGAGGUAUACAUGAAGUUACCUCCUGGAAUGGAAAUACCUGGCAAGGCGUGCAAGCUGAAGAAGUCCCUUUAUGGCCUCAAGCAGGCUGAGAGGCAAUGGUAUGCAAGACUCACAGAUGCCCUGAUCAGGUUUGGCUUCAAUCAAUCCUUUUCUGAUUACUCCCUCUUCACUAAGAAGACAAGCCAAGGAAUCACCAUCAUUCUAGUGUAUGUCGAUGACAUAAUACUAUCAGGAGAUGAUCAGGACAUGAUUCAGGAGGCAAAGGAUUUCUUAUCUAAGGAGUUUAAAGUUAGGGAUCUUGGAAAACUGAAAUAUUUCCUGGGUUUGGAAAUAGCCAGAAGCAGUGCUGGGAUUUCAGUUACCCAGAGGAAGUACUGCCUUGACCUUCUGAUUGAUACAGGAUUCCUAAGCUCAAAACCAUCUAAGACUCCAUCAGACAUGAAGACAAGGCUAUCACAAUUCAACGAUGAGGAAUCAGAAGACCCAUAUGAGUACAAGUCUCUGGUUGGGAGAUUAAGCUACCUAACUACCACAAGACCUGAUAUCUCAUACUCAGUACAACAAUUGUGCCAGUUCCAGGCACAACCCAAGAAAUCUCAUCUCAAGGCUUCACACAGGAUACUCAUGUACCUCAAGAACUCUCCAGGCCAGGGAUUGUUCUUUGCAUCAAACACUGAUUUCACCCUAACGGGAUACAGUGAUUCGGAUUGGGGAGCCUGCCCCGAUACGAGGAGGUCAAUUACAGGGUACUGUACGUUUCUGGGGGACUCACUCAUUACCUGGAAAGCGAAGAAGCAGGCGAUUGUUUCGAAGUCCUCAUCCGAGGCUGAAUACAGAGCUCUAUCUCAGUUGUCGUGCGAAAUACAAUGGAUCACCCAAUUGCUGAAGGACUUGAAUGUCGAAUAUCAGGGUCCAGCCACCGUCUUCUGCGACAACAAAUCUACCAUACACAUGGCAGAGAACCCGGUUUUCCACGAAAGAACCAAACAUAUCGAGAUCGACUACCAUGUGAUCAGGGAGAGGGUAAAAUCGAAGCUAAUCAGCCUGAAAUAUGUGUGCACUGACAGGAACUUAGCAGACAUAUUCACCAAGGGUUUAAGUGCGCACAGAUUCAAAUGGAUUCUCUUCAAGCUGGGAGUAUAUGAUAUAUACUCGCCAGCUUGUGGGGGACUGUCAACUGGAAUGGGACACUCUGCCUUGAAGCAAAGCAAAGAAGAAGAAGAAGAAGAAGAAAGUUCCAACGGUCAAGAGUUCAAGGCAGAGGAAGAAGAAGAAGACGAAGAACUGCGUUUGGGCUAAUAUGCCGCCGUCCCAACUUCACUGCACAUAUUUAAAUUAUAGGUUGUAAAUAUUACGUGUAAUUACCCUAUUGAGACACUUGUCUCUUGACGAGAGGAAGAGGCCGUUAGAGGCACUCUGUCCUGUAGUCACUGCCUCUGUACAUAUAUUCUGCAGCUGAGCUGCCAGUGAAAUGUAGAAAAGGUUUCACAAAAUUCCUGCCUUCCUUUUACAAAUAUUCUCAGAGAUGUCUAUUUUAUGCGGAUUACAUAGGCUCAGUUUUACGAGGCUACUUUUAUCGUUGAGAGAGUAUAUCUUCUUUUCACCUUGUAAUUUUCUCAGAUAUUAAUAAGUGUAAUUCGAUCAAAUUUGAAGUCGAUUACCCAAGAAUUAUCCAUGCAUAAAGAUUGGGACAUUGUUUAAACGUCCCGUUUUCAUCUGUGCAUAAAGAUAUGGACAGCUG